AUGGAUCAUAAGGCCCAAGCGGCUGCCGUCCAAGAGAAGGACAGGACACAGCUGGCGCCUCUCUCAGACAAGCACUGGCAAGCUCUCAUUGCACUACACCGUACACUGCUCCAUGAGCAUCACGACUUCUUCCUUGCCUCCCAGCAUCCAUCAGCAACCCCAGCUCUUCAGCGGCUUGCUCUCGAGUAUUCCAUGCCGGCUCGAAUGUGGAAGCACGCUAUACACUCGUUUCUCGAGCUGCUCCGCAAACGUCUUCCUGAAAGCCUUGAAUACAUGCUAUGCUUCAUCUGCCUCGCCUACCACAUCGUUGCACUAUUGUACGAGACAGUACCUGUUUUUAGCGAUACAUGGAGGGAAUGCCUCGGAGACAUCUCUAGGUAUCGUAUGGCCAUUGAAGACGAAGAUAUGCGUGACCGUGAGGUCUGGGCUGGUAUGGGUCGUUCAUGGUAUGGCGAAGCCGCGGACGAGAACCCUACCGUUGGUCGCUUGUAUCACCUCUUGGCCAUUCUCGCCCGUCCAUAUGCCCUACAGCAGCUGUUUUUCUAUUCGCGCUCUCUCGCAUGCAUUCAGCCUUUUGCGGGUACCCGAGAUUCAAUCAUGACAUUACUCGAUCUCGUAUUGGUAGAACGCGUACAGCGUACGCGCAUGCAGCCGAUAUUGACAUAA